CUUGUCUUUUACUCUGGUCCAAACUUUUGAUAUAGACGCUGUAAUCCAUUGCUCGUGUUUUCCGUAGUGGAAAAAUAAAAAAGAAACAUGAAAAUGUUGAGCUUUGGCGUAUAGUAGUCCUUGGACUUGGCAGUUUGUGAGUAGUCGCUUUUCCACAUGGGAGAAGAUACCAUCAAACCAAGGCCACUGCCACCAAAAUGGACUUGUACGGCUGCAUAGCAAUUUUGAUCUUUAUGCAGAUUCAAUUGCUGCAUGGAUCGGAUGAAAGCAAUUGCAACCUCACGCUGAGCGACCUUUGCCAGACAUUCGAACAAGCAGAAGCAUGCAACACGACACCAUAUUGUAUUCACUGCAUCUGGAAUACUGUCAUAAUCCCAAAAGACGACGAAGUCAAGUGUAACUUGUGUAAAGAUGAGAUUAUCGAGGGUGGUGUGCACAAGGUUAGCAUGCUAUUCCUGCUAAACACCACCUGCAAUCUUCACGGGAAUAAGGAAGACAUCCAAAAAUGUACCCAUCUCGUACGCGAACUUUCCCUCGGAUUGAUUAACGAAAUUUCUACCCAGAACAUGACCAGCCACGACAUUUGUGCCCUGCUUGCCCUAUGUCGAACCCUGUUUGAGGUGACCGUGUCCAACGUGGACCUCGCUCCAGCCAGUGAUGCAAUAACGCCCACAUCCGCCAACGUCAACGAAACCCUGGAACCAGUGGCUAUGGCAAAAGUGGGCGGCGUGUCCAAGCGUCGCGGAGGCAGAGGUGGCAGUGAUAGGAUUCGAAGCGGAAAUGGGUCGUCGUCAUCUUCGUCGUCUUCUGGAGGUCAACAUCUGCCUCAAUAUACGGGGGGAAUUUCCCUUCCGGGGAAUAAGGUGACCGGCACGGUUACACGUGUUUCGAAUAAAUUUUACAACGCGGGUGGGCGAUUUAUUCCCGUCUUUGUCCCGGGAAAUGGUGGCAGGCAUACGUGCACCUUGAUGGGAGACAAGACAGAUGACAAUAUGGAUGAUACUGAAUUUUACGGCUGGGUUGUCAUUGCAUCGAUUUUAUUCACACUUGUUUUCUUCAUUUGCCUGGCUUGGAAGGUGAGUGCGGGUGAAAGCAGUAACUACGACGAGGGUUUGUGCACGAAGAAGGGGAAGAAAAAUAAGAACAAGCAGUUUAAGAGAGAGUCUGGAUAUUAUUAUUAAAAUUGAGAUAAUUCUGAAAUAUUUGUUGCCAAACUCAAUUAAUUUAAUUGUUCAUAAUAUCAUUCAAAUUAUCAUAUAAAAUAUGCAUAUUAUCUUUUAAUUAGAUGUGAUAUGUGUGCAUAUAUGUAUAUACUGCGCAAUUAAUUAUAAACUUUGUUAGUUAUCUUAUUUAUAUUGUUAAAAGAUCUGUUUUUGAGAGAUUAUCAUAAAGUAUUACCAACAAAAAA